GUGGCACAGUAUGCCGCAUCUUUACUUCCGGUUGUCCUGGCGUACGCAACAUUAGCAACAACGACGACCGAUUCCCUAAGAUUUGUGCUGUUGAACGCACUCAUCAGCGAAGCCGUAGCUCGUUUCUUCUUCGUUCCUUCCGGGUCCAGCGACAGUGGCCACGGUAGGGCGGCAAUCGAAGAGCUCAGCAACAACAACAGCAACCAAAGGCCGCAGCCACUGGCACCUUCUGCCACUUUCUCGGAGCAGGCGGCUGUUGCCAGUUACGAACUUUCCGCCGGAUUUGGCCGUCUGGUGCUGAACGCCACCACCACUGCUCUCGUUGCUGCUUCCGGUGGCGGCUUUCAACAGGAUCAGGAACAGCAGUCGGAACAGCCGAACGCGCAGCUCUUGGAAGAUGAGUUCUUCAACGGCAGCAAUCACUACAGCAACAGCACUAGCAGCAACAGCAUCAUCGGUUUCGACUCCUUCAACGAGUCCUACAGCGAGAUGCCGCAGAUACCGGAGUACAUCCGGGCCACGUCGAUGGUUUUCUGCAUCAUCAUCAUGUGUCUCGGUGUCAUCGGUAAUAUUAUGGUCCCGAUUGUCAUCCUCAAAACGAAAGACAUGCGCAACUCGACCAACAUCUUCCUAACGAAUCUGAGCAUUGCCGAUCUGCUGGUGCUGCUGGUGUGCACUCCGACGGUGCUAGUCGAGGUCAACUCGCCGCCGGAAGUGUGGGUCCUCGGCGAAGAGAUGUGCAAAGCGGUCCCAUUCGUGGAACUGACGGUGGCCCACGCCAGCGUGCUGACAAUUUUGGCGAUUUCCUUCGAGCGCUACUACGCCAUCUGUGAGCCGCUGAAGGCCGGAUAUGUCUGCACCAAGGCACGCGCCCUGAUGAUUUGCCUGGCCGCCUGGACCGUGGCAGCAAUUCUGACCAGCCCGAUCCUGCUGUUCGCCGAGUACAGCGUGGAGGAAUAUCCGGACGGAAGUCGGGCCGCCGUCUGUCUGACCAAGGCCUCCAACAUGUGGACGGUGACGUUCUUCCUGAUGACGAUCUCGCUGUUCUUCCUGCUGCCGCUGGUGAUUCUGGUGGUGCUGUAUGCGAUCAUCGCCAAGAAUCUGAUUGCCAGUGCCGAUUCGCGGAUCAAGAUCCGGCUCAGCAAGCCGGAACUGAGCUACAAGGCCCGGAAGCAGGUUGUGCUAAUGCUGGGCGCCGUUGUGUUAGCCUUUUUCGCCUGUCUGCUCCCGUUCCGGAUGUUGACCCUGUGGAUCAUCAUGGUGUCUGAGGAAACCUUCCAGCGGAUGGCCAUCGAAAAGUACUACACGCUGCUGUAUUUCAGCCGCAUCAUGCUUUACCUCAACUCGGCCGUCAAUCCGAUCCUGUACAACCUGAUGUCGUCCAAGUUUCGGAAGGGUUUCCUGCGGCUGUGUCGCUGCGGGAGCCGGAUGUGGACGCGCUCUGGCCGGCGGAAAGGGAAAGUUCGCGGCCGGUCGGCAACAUUCACAACCACUACUACCUCAUCGUAUCUCACCAGCUCGUCGAUUCGGAAGAGCAGUGAAAAGUACACCCUAUCACUGGACGAUUUGCGGCUGCAGCAUCAGCUUCAGCUACAGAAGCUACGGGCAGGCGAAGAAGGGGCAUUGCUGAAUGUUGAAACGGAUCCGGGUGGGCUAGUGAAUGGGAACCCUCCGAAAAAUCCGCUCGCCGAGGAGGAAUUCUUUCACUUAAGUAGGUUCUAUCGAAUGAAUCUACUCAGACAAUACUCGACGCCUUUGCUGGCUUAUGUCGAUGCCGAAGUUCGUCCGGAGACACCGUCAAAAAAGAUAUCGGUCCCAAAUUGUGAACCCGAAAUGAGGACCAGGAUCAAUAACAACAACAACACCCACGGCAACAAUCCAGACGUUGUCAUCGAAAGUUGUGCGGUCAAGCGUCAAUCGAAUGUGGUGACCUUUUCCGAGGAACGGCACGCUGCAGAAUCAAUGACGGCAACGGUCGGCCAAAACUUGCCUAAUCCUUGGAAAUUGAAAUUCGACAACAACCGGCUGUUGGCUGAUCGUAAACAGCUGGAAUCGGGGAGUCAGCAGACGACAACCGGCGACUGCCAUCACCGUACACUUCUCUCCAGUAAUAACAGUUCUGCCAGUGUUAGUCUUAAGGGCGGUAAUAAUCGAGCUGGUAAAAUUGUGCGCUCCCCGAGGACCAGCAAGCAAAUGUCCCUGGAUGAAAGUUUGCUAAUGUUGGCUGCUGCCGGGGAAAAGUUUUCCAAGCCACUUGUCGUCGGAGCUGUCGAUGGGCACAAGCCGUGAUUGGCAAAGUUUCAUUCGAUUUGGAAGCUAGCUUAACACGCUAGAGGAGACAGAUGAUUUCAUCAGUUAGUACAAUUUAAUGAGAGGCACAUCCUACGAAAAGCUAUCGAUAAGAGUAAUUGAUUUAAGUUUCUGAGCUUUAAUACAGGGUAGAAUAAUAUCCGAUUUUUUUUGCCUUUUUUAUGUUCAAAACCUGUUCGGUAAUAAGCACGAAGCAGUGGUUUAUGGUGUUUGGCAGAAGGUGACUUUGAGAGAAAAUUAGAUCAGUAUUUAACAUUUGUAAUUGAGAAAUUAUGAAAUAAUUUCGGACAAAUAAACGUAACAGUUUAACGUACACUUUUCCCUUCUGUUAUGAAAUAAUUUUUUUAGGUUUGAGACAAUUAUAUUAUUUACUCUCGAACAAAUAUGUGGCUCCCAUCGAAAUUAUCAAUUUCUUAUACGUUAUAAAACGGUCAGAACAGGUUCGUAUGGAAAUUUUGAACAAACUCAAAAAUACAGAACUACAGGGGAAAAAAGUUUCUCUUCGCCGAUAAAUCGAUUGAGGCUGGUCGAUUAACCGACUGGACCAGUGUCAAUACCGAGAAACUGUUACCGAGAAUGGGUAAAACAAAAACGCUUAAGAAGCAAGUCAUUGUUGGAAAAAGCUUUUGCGCACAUGGAUUCACGAGACGACAACUUUUUUUCUAAAGGGUGUUUAUUAAAAAAUGAAAAAUAAUUCCAAUAUAUUCUUAUAAAAAUCCUCAAACACUGACUAAUUUUUUCGCAGAUCGUUGUAUAAUAUCGAUUCGGAUUGAAAUUUUUAUACACACACAAAAUU